UUUUUGUCUCGGUCGCUCUUGCCUUCUGUCUGUUUCCUGUUGGAAUCAGGGGGAGGUAGAAAGAAAAAAAUAGUCUCUGCAUUUCACACCAUAAUCAUGGAAAUCGACACACUUCUAGAGGCUCUGAAAGAUUUCGAAAAGGAAGGGAAGAAGGAAGCGUGUCCAGUUUUGGACCAGUUUCUUUGUCAUGUCGCAAAAACUGGAGAGACAAUUUGCUCUCGCACAGAUGAAGAACGAGGAACUUGUCCUGAACAAGCUUGGAUUCAGUGGUCGCAGUUCAAAAGCUACUUCCUGUUUAAACUUGAGAAGGUGAUGGAUGAUUUUAGAGCCUCAGCCCCUGAACAACGAGGACCUGCUAACCCCAAUGUGGAAUACAUUCCCUUUGAGAAAAUGAAGGAACGGAUACUUAAAAUUGUAGAUGGAUAUAAUGGCAUUCCCUUUACCAUUCAGCGACUCUGUGAAUUACUAACUGAUCCUAAGAGGAAUUAUGCAGGGACAGACAAAUUUCUCAGAGGGGUAGAAAAGAAUGUCAUGGUUGUCAGCUGUGUUUAUCCAAUAUCAGAGAAAAAUGGUUCUAGUAGUUUGAACAGAAUGAAUGGAGUUAUGUUUCCUGGUAAUUCUCCUGGUUAUUCAGACAGAACCAAUGUAAAUGGGCCUGGAACACCAAGGCCGAUGAUUAGACCAAAGCUUUCGCUGUCAAGUCCUUUAGCAACAAAUGGUUUACCUGACAGUACGGAAUAUAAAGAACCUACAGUAGAGCAGACAGAGGAAAAGACUCACAGUGAAUCUUCAACAGAAGGGGAAGGUGCUCUGGGUAGCCCAGUUAAAAAUAAACACCUUGAGGAAGAGGACCAUAUGGAGGCUGAGGGUCAUGAGGUAAAAAGGCUGAAGUUUGACAAAGAGGAAGAAGAGCAGGAAACUCCCCAAGCUGCACCCAGUGAAAGCUCUUCUGAAAUGCCAGAGGAAGCAGAAACCUCUUUAGCUGAUCAAGAGGGUGAGAAGGAGAGCAGUCAGUAUGCAGACCAACAAGGGUUAGAAGAGGAAGAGCCUUCAAGCACACAGACUGAAAUCCCAGAUGGAGCAGCCAGUGAAGAGAAGGUUCAGAGUGAAGUCUCUGCUGGUACUGAAGAUUCUACUGAGGAAAGCAAUCAAAUGGACCAGUCAGAGGAGCAAACUCAACCAGAGAAAGAUUUGAGCACUGAAGCCAGGGAAACCAAUGAGAAUACUGCCCUUGUCAGUAGCACCAGUGAAGAAUGCAGUGGGAGUGAAGAACCUGGGACAACCUCAUCCGCUGAAACACCAGAAAUUCCAUCGGAGAAUGCAAUGGAAAAUGGAACAGAAGCUACAGAUACUGCAGAAGAACCUAUGGAACAAGACUAAUUCUAGAAUAUUUUUGGUGCAGUAUUUUCCAUGAGGCUCUGAUUUUACACUAAAAAAAAAAAAAAAAAAAAAAAAAAAAAAAAAAAAUGUAAUGUGGACAUUUAGCUUUUCAAGAAGGUUCUCCAUGACUUCUCUAAAGAGUUAAAAUCUGAAAGAGCUGCUCAUCUUAAGUACUGUGAAUACCAGCUCCUUCAGAUCAGGCUUAACGCUGACAUUCUUGUUUUGGUCAAAUCAGUGGUUUGUGUAUAGACUUUUAUUUAGAAUAAAGUUUUUAAACUGGAAGGUUAUAAUUAUAAUUGACAACUUUUUUGGAUCUCAUUACAUUUAGUUAUACAAGCUUUUGUCUGGUUUUCUGACUUUUGUGGCAGGUUUUUCAUACUUCAACGUUCUUUCAACAUUUAAACACAUUUUUAGGGUUUCAUUUUAGAAUUCCAGAAUUUAUUUUUAAUACUCUUAACAUUGUUAGAAUGGUGCAGUUCAUACACUCUUUUGUUUUUUUUCUCCAAGAGGUACUUUUCGUAAACUGUAAGCCAAGCUUUCAAUAGCUCCGUCUCAUAAAAGCUAACCUACGUGAAAUCCUAAAAUCAACAAUGUGUUGAAUUACCAGGUUUAAAACACAUUCCAAGAAAGCAAGUCAAACUGUUCACCACUGUCAUAUACAUUGAGGUGCCUGUAUCAGUGGGUUUCAAUUAGCUACAGAAGAGUGUGGUUAAUGCAAGGGACUGAGCUAAUUACAAGCUGUUUUGACUAAAGAAUGAAUGCCUUUUCUAGCAAAUAUAAUUGCAUCGAUUAGAAAAAAAAAAGUUAUUAACUCACAUUUUUCAAAUGGUGGGACUGUAAGUCAGUUAUUCUAAAAUGGAUGUAUGUGGAGGUCAUUUCUUAUACAUACCAAGGACUAUAUUGGAAGAGCAAUCUAGCAUGUUAACAUUGUUGUAUAUAUAUAUUAAAAAAAGAAAAAGCCUAAUACAAAAAAUAUAAUUUUAGGGGUGCAUUGAACCACCGUAAUUUAUAUACAAUUUUGAACUGAUUGACCUAUUUUUGAACAUACUACUUUGACAGCCAGAGGUUGUUUCAUAUUUGAAGACCAGCUCAAAGCACAAAUAUUGCUUCAGUCUCCAGAUAUUUUCAGCGUACAACUACCUUUGUAUAUUCCACGCCCUGUCAGCUACAACACUUGUUACAAUUACUGGCUGUCAAGUUUGUACCUGUUUCUGCAACUGUACUUUUUGAUAUUUAGAAUUUUUAAAUUUCUGUAAAGUAGAUUUUGUAGAUUGUAAUAAGUGUUCACAGCCUUUGUGAAACAGUAUAUAAUUGUAUAAUUUCUGUGUGUAAUCUGAAUGCUUGGGCUUACAAUACAGUAUUCAUAUAAAGCAAUAAAUGUUAAAAUUAUAA